AUGGCGAGGGAGCAGGAGGUAAUCCGCCUCCUCGGGGUCCUUCUCUUCCUGCUCUCCGGUGCUUGGUCCACGUCGUCUGCCUCCCCGGCCCCGGUGUGCGCGGGCUCACGGGAGCCGGUGGUGCUGGGAGAGGCGCUCGGAUUCUGCGGCGGCGACGCCGGCCUGAGCUGCUGCGACGCCGACGACGACGCGGGGCUCAGGGCGGAGCUCGACGGCCUGCGCAUCUCCGACGCCGCGUGCGCCGCCAUCGUGAAGGACGUCCUCUGCGCGAGAUGCGUGCCAUCCCUCUCGGCCAUGCUGUUCAACUCGGUUGACUCGGCGACGACCAUGAAGCUCGCCGUUCCGCUCCUCUGCGAGUCUACUCAGUCGUCGACCUCUGCCCAGCACCAGCCUGGCCCCCCUGCUACCCGGUUGCCAUGGGAGCAGGGCACGUUUUGCCUUGAGCGUAUCAGCGCAGGAUCCUUUGUCACCAUGGCUGCUCACCCAGAUGGCUCAGGCCGAGUCUUCUUGUCCAGCCAGGACGGAAAGAUCUGGCUGGUCUCAAUGCCUCAUCAGGGAUCUGGAGUGACCCUGCAUUCUGACAGUCCUUUCCUUGACAUCUCGGAUCGAGUGCACCAUGAUGCGGUGCUCGGACUGGUGGGCGUGGCGUUUCACCCAGAGUUCACGACCAAUGGCCGCUUCUUCGUCUCCUACAACUGUGACAGCAGCACCUCACCGGUCUGUGGUGCCGGCACGUGCUGGGGUUCUGCUGCCGGAAAUGGCUCCCAGCUGUGCAGGUAUCAGCUUGUCGUCUCCGAGUUCUCUGCUAAAGGUGGCACUGACUAUUCGAAGCAUCAUGGCGGACAGAUCCUGUUCCGGCCAAGUGACAGCGAUGGAUACCUCUACCUCAUUACUGGCAAUGGUGAUUUCUCAAAGAACGGGAGGUCAUUUUUUGGCAAAAUCCUAAGGUUCUAUGUUGGAGGUAUGGCAGUCGCUAUUAGCGUCAGCGAUCUCAUGGCGCGAAAAGUGUCGAUGCCUAGCGGCCGCCCUGCUCAACCGCUAUAUCCCGCUAUAGCGGACGCUAUAGCCCGCUAUUUAGAACCUGCUGACGUCCAGCACACGAGCCUGCAGCAGCAGCGCGUGCCGGAUCCAGAGCUCGGCGUAAUUGCGGUUGGCCUCCUUGCAUCCACGGAGGUCGAGCUCGCAGUGGUCCACGGUGGAUCUCGGGUCACGCAGUAG